CUCUAGCUUUCUCUUUCUCUCGGCUCUCUUCGCUUCGUCUCGGUGUUAGGGUUUGUUAAUCUGGUCAGCAAUUCACAAUUCCUCUUUCCUCCAAAAUGAAGAUGAUCGUAUUGAGGAGUUCCGACGGCGAAACCUUCGAGGUAGAAGAGUCAGUUGCCCUAGAGUCGCAGACAAUCAAGCAUAUGAUCGAAGACGACUGCGCCGACACCAGCAUCCCUUUACCUAACGUGACGAGCAAGAUCUUAGCUAAGGUGAUUGAGUACUGCAAGCGCCACGUGGACGCCGCCUCUAAGACGGAAGAUAAGGCCGUCGAGGACGAUCUCAAGGCUUUCGAUGCUGACUUUGUCAAAGUUGACCAGAGUACCCUCUUCGAUCUCAUCCUGGCUGCCAACUAUUUGAACAUAAAGAGCUUGCUUGAUCUGACAUGUCAGACAGUUGCAGACAUGAUCAAAGGGAAGACCCCUGAGGAGAUCCGUAAGACAUUCAACAUUAAGAAUGACUUCACUCCGGAGGAAGAGGAAGAAGUUAGGAGGGAGAAUGCUUGGGCUUUUGAGUGAAUUUGAGUCUGUUAAGCGUCAAUAUGCUGCUGAUACAUUUGCAAUAUCUUAGUAGAUGCUAUAAACAACUUAUAUAUUAGUAAAUAUGUGACUAUGUUUUCUGUCUUUGUCAGUUGAAGGAGACAGUUGAACCUCUUUGCUCUUUCAUACCAUGGUUUCUUGUGUUCUAAAUAGCAAUUGAAGAUGAAAUCCUGUCGAUAGCUGA